AUGACAAAGAGAGACGCAAUCACAGCAGACAAACACGAUCGGCAGAAGAGAGCGAAAUUGACCGCCGAGGACGGUAAGGAGGACAUCAAUAGUGGAAUUGAUGAAGAGGACUACAUGACUAUGAUUAUAGGUGAUGACAGUCCGGUACAGGCGAAACACCAAACACAAUCCCAAUCUCAAAAGGUCGACAGAAACCAAGAACAAGCCUCUAAAAUUUUACCGAAAGGCUUUGCCAUGAUGAGUAAGAUGGGAUUCAAGUUAGGUGAAGCUUUGGGGCAAAAUGAAGAGUCCGCAAUCAAAGAACCCAUAUCAGCCAGCAUACGUCGAGGCCCAAGGGGUAUUAAUAUUUCGCAGCAACCAUCCAAAGAGGAAAACUCGUCUGCAAAUGAAGCGGAUUUUCAAAGGUGGACUCAAAAUAAUGGCGAAAGAUCGAAGAAGAUGCAUACGCUCCAUAAAAUGCAAAAGAUGGCACUUGAACUGAGCGGUGAUGUUGAUCGCUUUGAAAUUGACAGUGAUCCCAGGGACUUCAAUUGUCUUUGGAGACGAUACGUGAUGGAAUUACAACAGAAACUGAAACCCCCGGACUACAGCAUUCAAGAAAAAUCUCAUCAGUCUGCUGAUUUUUCUUCCAAGGCUCAAGACGUGGAGGCUAAAGUUGCUCAACACCGAGAACUUUACUCAUCUUCCUUGAGAAACCGGGAUCAAGACACCGAAACUAAGUUGUCCCCCAGUCGCGACUCAAGUUCUUCUGAGAGUGAAAGAGACGAGGAGUUAUCAAUUUUCGAAGAAUUGUCUAUUGAUCAACAAGUGCUAGGGGUACACACACAUCUACGAACCGGAUUCUUUUACUGCAUCUAUUGCGGAGCACAAUACUCUUCAGAAGAAGAUUUAUACAAGAAUUGUCCUGGCCCCACAGAAGAAGACCAUACUUAG